GGCGGCGGUGGGGGCGGCAUGACGCGCAGCCCGUCGCCCUACCGCAUGUCGGUGUCCGCGCGCGGCGCGCAGAUCAACCUGGGCUACAGCGGCUCCGCGUGGUCGGACGUGGGCUCGCGCCGCGCCUCCAGCAGCGUCAGCCAGGUGUCGGCGGACGACCGUCGCCACUUGUGCGAGCGCACCAAGCUGAGCUCGGAGCCCGGCCUGGGGCUCACCGCCUACGGCUCCGUCGUCUACCAGCUCAAGGACGCCAACAUGGAGGCGUCGGGCGCCUGCGACUUCGUCUGCCGCGCGCUGCGCAUCGUCUACAAGACGGCCGUGGUGACGGUGGUGCUGGUGUGCCUGACGUCGCUGCCGCUGCUCAUGCUCAUCAUGGGUAAGUGCCAAUUUAUGCUGUGGGCGCUGUGGCGCCAGAUCCGGUCGCGACGCUACGAGCGCCUGGACGCCGCCGCCGCCGUCGACGCCAUGGACGACGGCGCGCUCACCGCCUCCGCCGGCACGCGCGUGCUCUCGGGCGCGCUCUCCGCCUUCCUCCUGGUGUGGUUCGCGCUGGGUAACUACUGGACACUGCACAUCCUGUGGCCCAAGUACCAGCCCGAGCCGCGCGACCCGGACGUGUGGUGUAGCAAGACGCUGUACCUGUUCUCGCUGGUGCACCUGUGCGUGGUGUACUCGCUGCUGGUGGCGCUGGUGCUGCUGGGCGUGGUGUUCUGCUGCUGCCAGGUGCUGGCGUGCCCGCUCUUCCUGCGCUACAAGUAGUAGCGGCCCGCCGCCACGGGCAUCGUGCUGGCCGGCGCCACCGUCGCCCACGCGCCC